UUCGAUAUCAGGCCACAGAAUCUGAGAUACACACUUUACUUUUACAAACAGCACAGCCAACCAGACAUGUCCACUCAACCUAUCCACUCGACUGGCCGUGGAGGCGCGGGCAACAUUGGCCCAGACACCCACGUCUACACUGAUGGAGGCAUCGUUCGCGAAGGCAUUCAGGGCGAGUCUGUAGACGGCGAGUUCUCUACAGGUCGUGGAGGCGCUGGCAACAUGGGCAAAUCUCCACGACUAGACGCGCAGACAGAGCACACUGGCCGCCGCUCAGUCGAUUUCGUGCCUGAGAUUAACGCGCGAGAGGGCCAGGAAGAAUUCCAUACAGGCCGUGGUGGAGCGGGCAAUGUCUACAAGGAGAAGCACGGCGGCCACAGCCAGUCUCCCGACCGCAAGGGCCUCGGUGAGAAGGUCAAAGAGGCGCUGCACCUCGACAAGAGCAAGAAGCAUGAGCCCUCUCCUCUUGCGCACGGUGAGACGGCGACAAAGCAGUAGAUAUGAUACCCGAUGAUUGGUGGAGGUUAAUGGCAGAGCACGAAGGAUGUCGAUGAUACCUCUCUAGGCGCAGUCGCACUGCAACAUGGCCUGCUUUCUUUGAAUAUAGACCAGAAUGAUACCAAAUCUUCUUAACA